AUGGAGUUUUGUACAAGAAGUCAUUUUCUAGACCCCUCCUGCGGUGUAUCACUCUUGAGAAAGGGGAAAGAAAUUCUAGAUGAUUUGCACCAAGGAUUAUGUAGCUCCCACAUUGGAGGACGAGCCUUGGCAGAGAAAGCCUUGAGAACUGGUUAUUACUGGCCCACUUUGAGAGAAGACGCCCUAGCUAUGAUGCAAAAAUGUGACAAGUGCCAACGGUUUGCUCAUCUCAUCCACAGGCCGGCUCACCCUCUCACUCCUAUCAUGAGUCCCAUUCCGUUUGCCAAGUGGGGAAUGGACCUGUUAGGGCCAUAUACAGCGGCCCCUGGAGGCCGGCGCUAUGUGAUAGUAGCUGUUGAUUACUUCACCAAGUGGGUUGAAGCAGAGGCUCUCAAAAACAUAAAGACAAGUGAUGUGAGGGCGUUGAUCUGGAAAAAUAUCAUGACUCUCUUUGGAAUACCACAAGCUAUCGUCUUUGAUAAUGGGCCUCAGUUUGAGACGCCUAAGUUGAAGGAGUGGUUAGCAGACCAUGGCAUACACAGCUGCUUUGCCUCUGUGGGACGACCUCGAGCCAAUGGCCAAGUCGAAGCAUUUAACAAGAUUAUCUCCGAGGGGAUCAAGAAGAAACUAGAUGAAGCCAAGGGUCUAUGGGCCAAUGAGCUGCCAAACGUCUUAUGGUCCAUCCGCACCACGGCUAAGAACUCAACCGGCGAAACCCCUUUCCUUCUAGCCUAUGGAGCUAAGGUCGUGUUGCCCAUAGAAAUGUGUGAACCCACACUAAGAGUCAUGUUAUAUGACGAGAAUGCCAACUGGGAAAUGAUGAAGUUGGCCCUUGAAUUUUUACCUGAAAUAAGAGGAAAUGCAGCAUUGAGGCAACAACUGUACAAGAUAAGGAUGGCGAGGGAGUACAACAAGAAAGUCUCCAAAAGAGUGCUCAAGGUAGGAGACUUUGUUCUUCGAAAGAUGGAAUCUGUGGGACGAGCAAACGAACAGGGAUGUGUUCUGAUUUUGUCUAUUAUGGAAGAAUCUGUGAUCCAGACAACGGCCGCUAAUGGUCCUACUGGAGUAGUAAUCUCCCUUGUAACCGGCUAA